AUGUCUGCCGACGCCGAGCCCAAGCUUCUGGGCUCUUCCUCAACCGGAAAGCAAUACUAUGGCGCCAACUCACCCUGGGAAAUCAACGCUGGCCACUACCGCGCUGUUCGUGCUGGGAAUCUCAUCUUCGUCUCUGGCACCACCUCCGCCGACCCCACGUCCCCCCCAGAUGCACCGCGCGUCUUCUUUCCUGGGGACCCUGUUGAACAGACCCGUGUGAUACUCGACACCGUCUUCAAGGCCAUCAAGGCCUUAGGCGGACGCGGCGCCGAGAGCGUAGUACGUUGCAGAAUUUAUGUGCAAAGGCAGGAAGACACUGGCCCUGUUGCAGCCGCUUUCAAGCGGUUUUUGGGUCGCGACAACGGAACAGAUAUCGGCACCGCUGCGACUAUGCUGGUAGUUAACGGCUUUUGCGAUGAGAAGAUGUUGGUUGAAAUUGAUGUUGACGCUAUCGCCGACGCGAAAUGA